AUGAUAGAGGAGCUGCUAGAGUCGCCAUUGGAGGAGUGGCAGCGGGCCGACCUGAUAGAUGCGAGGGCGUGUGCGGGCGAGACGGUGGAGCUAAUCAACCGCCAAGCUGCAGGGCCCCCCCUCCCCGCCCCCCUUCCUCCUUCCCCCCCGCCCCCCUUCCUCCUUCCCCCCCGCCCCCACCUCCCCACCCCCCCCCCCCCCUUCCCCUCUUCCCCCCCGCCCCCUCCUCCCGACCCUCCCCCCCUCCCCUCCCAAACAGGCAUGAUAGAGGAGCUGCUAGACUCGGGGCUGGAGGAGUGGCAGCGGGCAGACCUGAUAGAUGCGAGGGCGUGUGCAGGUGAGACGGUGGAGCUCAUCAACCGAGUGUUGGACCUCGCCAAGCUGCAGGCCGGCAGGCUGCAGCUCGAGACUCUCCCCUGCUGCCUGCGCCGCAUCGUUCGCGAGGCGGCCACAUCAGUGAAGCGUUCUGCACCACACUCGGUGGAUCUGCAAGUGACGUUUACUGUGGAUGACAACGUUCCGACAACUCUAUUGGGCGAUCCAAGUCGGAUUUCGCAAGUCAUCACUGAGCUUGUUGCCAAUGCCAUGAGCCACACAGCAUCUGGCCACGUGGCCAUCCGACUCUGGUGCAUCCCUCCCCAACAUUCUGCUCAAAGGGAUUCUGCCCAACAUCCUUCAUCUUCUCAAAGUACUCCCACAACUCCUCCAGCCGCUACUCCCACGGGCGCCACACAAUCUCCAGCCUCCGCUGAGCCGGCCCCGGCGUCCUCAGCGUGGCAUCAGCUGGCCGGCUGUGUGCGGCGCUUCCCUCCGCCCACACGCCUUGUCUGCCAUCCUCAGCAACCCCCAGCCAGCCAAGUGGGGGCUGUGGGCAAGGAGGGUGGCCGAUGGUGGGGGCGGGGAAGACUGCAAGAGAGAGGUGGUGCAGGGAAGGUAGGAGCACACGGGGAGCCAAGAGGCGGUGGAGGGAAGGUGGGAGCACGCGGGGAGCCAAGAGGCGGUGGUGUGGAGGCCAAGGAAGUGGAAGGCACGAGUCAGGCGUGUGGGCAGGCGUGCAGCCAAGACAGCAUGGGCAGUGCAGACUGCACUGCAGAGGAGAGGCAGGUUGAAGAUGGGCGGUUGGAGGAGGAGGUGAGGGAGUGGGUGGAGGGGGCGUGUGCGGCGAGGGAGGAGGGCGAGUGGAUGGUGGUGGUGGCCUGUGAAGACACGGGUGGUGGUAUACCACCCGAGGAGCUGCGGUGGGUGCUGGACCCACACGGAGAGUCGUGCCACUCAAUGGAUGACUCUGAGGAGGAUGGCGAUCUGAACGGCAAGGGGCAGCAAGGAAUCAUGUGUCUCGAUUUCCUCUGUGAGCUGCCUACCAUGUUUGUGCAACUUGCUGUUCACUUCAUCACUCCCGCACCCCCUUCUCUUCCCCGACCACCACCACUCACCCGGCAGGUGGCGGAGAUGCGGGGGGGCAUGGCAGUGCUGUCAGACGCCUCCACAGGCACCACCAUUCUGCUGGCGCUGCCCAUGGGGGGAGGGGAGGACGGAGGCACGGAGGGGCCAGCCAGUGCUGUCACGGCGCAACCAGCAGCACCACAGCAGCUGCAGGCAGCAGGGGCGCGAGCGCUGGUGCAUGCGCACUCGGUUCCGCACACGUUUCUGCUGGCGCUGGCCAUGGGGGGAGGGGAGGACGCUGGCUGCAGAAGGGGAGUUGGGGAGGGGAGUGAGGAGGGAUUAGGGGAGCCACGGGGGGCUGUGCCGGUGGUGGAUGGCAACGCGAUGAACCGCAUGGUGGCGCGCAGAAUGCUGCAAGGAUACGGGACGCACGUGCUGCUGCUGUGCUCUAGGGAGGAUGUGUUGCACGCGCUCUCCUCUGCUCUUGAGGGGCCUCAACAGAUGCUCUCCUCUGCCACGCCCUCCCCGCCCAUCCACCUGCUGCUCCUCGACCUCCACAUGCCGCCCGGCAUCGACGGGUCCGUGCCUUGCCCCCCUCUCCUUCAACCGCUUACAUUCCGAUAA